AUGGCCCAACCACAGUUGACCUGGAUGUCAUCACAGAUUCUUCGCGUUUUCCCCAAUCUUGCAGCGCAAGAUGAUAAGAUUGCGUGGAACCUCACUAGCUCGCAUCCGCCGUACCCUCAUGUUUGGGUCGGCACAGCAGCGUGCAGGCUUCUUGGACUUCUUUCCACCGCUGUACCCGUUGCUAUUUCACGGGUGAAUCUCGACGGAGGCCAUCCCCUUUCGAGAGACGGGGUGCUAGACGCUGCCAAUAAUCUCUUAACAGGUUGA